GUGGUCGGUCAAGGCUUCCUGUGCAGACAAGGCCCUUUGGACGCGAGGUAGUUGGCAUUCACCGCUCCGAACUCCACACAUCAUGGCUCCGAGCUUCGAGGGCAAUGCCAGAUUGGUUCGAGACGAAUCGUCGCAGAAGCACCAGUCCCAACAUCAGCGAUCCAAGUCAACUGGCGUUUUCAAGACUUUCAUGCACCGAAAAAACGAAUCAGGCGUAGCUGCCUUUUCGCCAGCCGACAUUUCAGACCAGUCUUCGAGAUUUCCCACAGCUAUGGCGCCACCUGACCAUGCUGGACCGGGACCUCUUUCUGAAAUAGAGCACAACCAGGCCGAUCGAGCCCCUCGAUCACCAACGAAAGGAUCUGCAUCAAGGGCCGCCUCGAGGUCGCCGACCAAAUUCGCAUUCAGCUCGAUCUCCAAAUUUGCUAAGAAAGACAACGAAGCACCGCAAAGCCCCCAUAAGACGAAGUCCGCCACAAAUCUAGGCGGUCUGUUGGGUAGACCGAAAAGUCUGAGGAACCUCCACGGCUUUAGCAGCGAUGAGGACAUAUCAUCGCGGAAAGAUAAGGAGAACAGAACCCCGCCGACCUCAAUGCCUAUACAGGACUAUUCUAGGCCUCCGAUCUAUGCUCAGUUCUCCAGUGGGGCAUUGGAGAAGGAGAACGGACAGGACGCGGAGGUCAAACAUACCGCGUCAGCCACUAAAACUCCUCCCUCAAGCUUUGUACAGCCCAGGCCUUCCGCGAAGCCUCGCCCUCAAUCUUAUCAUGCCCAGCCAAGCCCGAGACAAGAGAGCCAAGGAUCCUCGGGAUCCCAUGAGCGAGGCAAGCCCAUAACAUCCCGCAUGACAAUGGGUAUCAAGGCGUUCACACGACGGCAAACUUCCAAGGAGAGCUCAUCUUCGCCGACCCCAGAACCAGAGACUGAGUUCCAGCUUGACCCCAAAGACAUCGAACGCCACCUUGAAGCCAUGCUAGAUCGUCGCAAUAUCCCGGAACACCAGCGGUACAAAAUGCGCAAUCUGGCAGAUACCAUCAAAAUGGAGUUCAUCCGCCAAGACUGGGCAGAAACAAGAGGCAGCGCCAACUUGACAAGACCUCCAAGCCAUGGGGGCGAAUCAGGCACGCCCGAGUCACAGAGCAAGGAUGGCAGCAAGAGCAAGAGAAGCCGAAGUCGCGGCUUCACACUCUCGCGAAACACGGCAAAGAAGGGGGAUGCAGGCUCUCCAACCAAGAAGAAAAGUGACGGGACGAUAGGACGCCACUUCCGGAGCAGGUCGACAGACAGCAUUGCCAGCGAGAGACCUUCUUCAGCUGCUUCGAACCAGACGAGCGGCAUACUUGCCAAGAUCAAGCCACAACAAGGUCCAUCAGACUAUGUUGCUUAUCUGCGCAAAGUGCAGAGACCAGAGUUGGUCGAGGUUGGCAAACUUCACAAACUGCGGCUGCUGCUCCGUAACGAAACGGUAGCGUGGGCUGAAGAUUUCAUACGCCAAGGCGGCAUGCAGGAGAUUGUAGGCUUGCUGAAUAGGAUCAUGGAGGUCGAGUGGAGAGAGGAGCACGAGGAUGCUCUACUCCACGAGACUUUGCUGUGCCUCAAAGCACUUUGCACCACAGCGCUUGCACUGCAAUAUCUACAAACUAUCCAGGGCGAGCUCUUCCCAGCCUUGCUCCACAUGCUCUUCGAUCCAGAGAAGAAAGGACCCAGCGAAUUCACCACGAGAAACAUCAUCACGUCUGUAUUGUUCACAUACAUUCAGUCAGCGCCGCCAGCAGAUCGUCCUAUUCGUGCGCGGACGGUGCUUGGGCAUCUCCGUGAUCCUGAACCGAAAGAGGAGGAACGCCCACACGGCUUUCUUCUGGAGAUGCAUAGAGAACGACCCUAUCGCGUUUGGUGCAAGGAAGCAGUCAGUGUCACCAAGGAGGUCUUCUGGAUCUUCCUGCACCAUCUGAACGUCGUCUACCUGCCGCGGGAGAAAGAGGCAUGCGCAAACCAUCCGGUCGCAAACAUCGACAAUGCUACUUACAUGCAAAUUCACUUUCCUCAGGAGAGACCACCAGUCCCUGCAGCUCCAUAUGUCGGCGGCGUGGAGUGGGAUGCCACAAACUAUCUUGCUUCACAUCUUGAGCUUCUCAAUGCCAUCCUCGCAUGUACUCCCGGAGUUCAGGAGCGCAACAAGCUCAGAGGCUUGCUCCGUAUCUCCGGCUGGGAGCGGUGCAUGGGAGCAAGCAUGCGACUUUGCAAGGAGAAGUUCUACCCUGGUGUGCAUGACGGCUUGCGGACGUGGGUCGCCGCUGCCGCUGAUGAUGGUUGGGACGUACGAGAUGUUCGAUAUGGACCCCCGCCAGAACCAAAGAGUCCAAGCAAGAAGUUGUACGGCGGAAAUGAGAGUCCGAAGAAAGUCAAGGAUAUUGAGCCUCCGCCAAAGAUCGACCUGCCAAAGUUUGACUUUGGCAUUGACGGGCCGCAAACACCACGCGUGGGCGUCUCCUCGACUGCCGAAAACUGGCUAUCUUGAACGAGGGCAGCCAUGAAGCAAAAAACUCCCUGUACCGUGCACUGUCAAACGGCCUUCACGGCGAAGGCUGUUGGCAUGUGGGCUUCCCGUCUAUGGUAUUUUUUGACUUUUGCUUGUAUACUGUUGCGUUGGAUCGGACACGGCGUUUGCUUGUUUUCCUAUGGGUUAAUUCU